GGAGACUCCCUGGUGGACGUGCUGCUUGAGUUCCUCGAGGCCCUGGUGCAUCAGGUGCUUUUUGUUCGGGAGCUGUAUAGCCCGGAGCUGUUUGAGCGGCAGCGCCUAUACGGCAUCGCGGUGCGGCGGGCGCGCCACCCAGACCUCGCCGCCUACAUCUCUGACGCAGUGGCAGGCUUAAAAGCCCCACUGGCCAGCGGCAGUCUCGCCAAGGUGGCAAUAGUGGUGCUGCGGCCGGACCGCACACCUGUGGAGCGUUUCAUUUUCGAGCCGCGGGGCCUGGACGUGGAGGCCGUCGAGGCGCACCUGCGGGGCCUGCUGCUGAAGCUGCAGUACGCCGACUCGUACCUCAAGAAGCUGCCGCCCAGCUGCACCUUUGAGGUGGUGGCCUACACC